AUGGCCCUCUUCGGUUCCGGCUCCAACAAUGCUUCUGGCAACCCCCAGGAGGUCAAGACUGCCAUCAUCAAGCAGCUCCAGCAAGAGGCUGCCAUGGCCAAUGCUCGGAAUCUGAUCGGAAAAGUGAAUGAGCACUGCUUCGACGCCUGCAUUCCCGCCCCCGGCUCCUCCAUCACCUCCAAGGAAGAGACCUGCCUCUCUCAGUGCAUGGAGAAGUACAUCUCCUUCUGGAACACCGCCAGCCGUACCUACGUCUCCCGUGUCUCCCGCGAAAGCAAGCGUCUCGGCGGUGCUGAGAACCUCGCCAUGAUGGCCACCCCUACCGACACCGGUCUGUAA